UAUAAAAGGGAACUUUUACAUUUUGUCCACACACACACAAACACACACAAGUACAGUACACACACUGGACUCAGAGAGAGGUUUGUUUACUUCAGCGGCAGCAGAAAGAUGAAAUUGAUUUGUGACUCCACCCUCUGUCUUCUCCACCUGCUGCUACUGGCGGAGCUGUUUGUCCAUACCUCGUCUCGUCCCACCAGCAGUCCAUCCCUCUGUGGCAUGUUUGGAUCGAUGAUCCAUCAGGUGGACAGGCUGAAGAACUUAUCCAAAAAACUCCAUGACCUGACCGACACUGAGCUCCCAAACUUUGUUGUUGAUGAAACCAGACUGGAUUCUCUUCCUCAUAUACAAGCCAAUGCUGAAAGCUUACAUUCACUGAAGGUGAAUGAGUCACUCUCCCAGCUGUAUGUGUUCACUCAGUCCUUCAGACUUCACGUCGACUGGUUGAAAACAGCACGUCAAAACGUCAGUCUGUCCUCCACGGCAGCAGAGAGCAUCAGCACUCACCUCCUGCAGCUUUCCAACCUUCUUACUGUGUCUCUGAAUCAGAUCAGUGAAGAGGUUCCUCAGUCACCGACUCCUUCGCUCCCGGUCGUCUCCACCACCUUCGACGCACAGCAAUUCUCUGUCGAGAUCUCUGAACGGUUACGAGUCUUUCAUGACUGGUCAAAAAGAGUGCUACGGACUCUCAAGGGAACCUGCCGUAAACUCUAAACCCCCGCCUUCAGUUUAAAAGCAACUGCUGCAGAAAACCCCACAGAACCACUGUUAACUUUUCCCCCAGCAAAAAGUUUAAGCCUCGUAAGCAGGAUGGCAAUGUCUGUCAUUUUAUUUAUUUCAUUCCUUUUAGCAUGUUAGCAAGCUGAUAUUAGCAUUUAGCUCCAAGCACCGUUGUGCCUGCAAACAGGCUCUCAGAGCUGCUGACCCGGCUGUAGACUGUUGGUCUAGUUGUAACUCAUGAUGUUGUGCAGGUUCUGAUCUUUAUUGGGUCGUUUCAGCCUGAUUGCAGCGUUGAACUGUUCUGAUGCAAUAACAGUGAUGCGUUCAGUCCCUCAUACGUUGUGCGGGCAUUUCACAUAAGUUUUCUUCUGAGCGUGAGCCGUCACAUUAACAGCUCUUUAACAGUAAAACAAAGUGUGAUGCUUUCGCUCGUGUGUACGAAAAUACGUGUAUGCCACAUUUUACAUGUAGCCUUUAAAAUGUGCUGAACUAAUGCACUGUGCAGCGGUACUCCACCUGUGACCUUUGCUUCCUCUGGGACUGUUUACAUUCACAGUGCCUGCUAAGUGUUGAUUUACUUGAUGAAGUGACAAAUUUCAUAUUUUUAUACUUUUGUUGUUUGUUUGUUUUUUUAACCUAUUUAGGAUUCUAUUUAUGAGCUUUUUAUAUUAUGUAUGUGACAGUGUUUAGUUUGGGAUGCAGGCAUCUCACCUUUUUCUAUGGGUAUCUAUUAAGUAAUAUUUAAUAAUAUUAAUAAUAAUAAUAAUGUAUUGUCAUAGAGACGUUUGCUAUUUAUACAUUUUGUAUGAUUUUUUUUUGUAAGUUUUACCUGAA